AUGUCUGUACUAUUGGAGACGUCGCUGGGCGACAUUGUCAUCGAUCUGUUUACAGAGGAAUGCCCCAAGACAACGUUGAACUUUUUGAAGCUUUGCAAGAUCAAGUACUACAACUUUUCGCCUUUCCACAAUGUACAAAAGGAUUUCAUGGCACAGACGGGAGAUCCAACAGGUCGAGGAGAUCAGGGUGAAUCUAUCUACGGCAUCUUGAAUGGGCCUUCGCAACGUUAUUUCCCAGCCGAGAUCAACCCAAAGUUGAAGCACAAGAGUCGUGGUACAGUCUCCAUGGCAGUCGCGCCUGAUGCAUCAUUGGAGAGUGGAGGUGUGAGUGGCAGCCAGUUUUUUGUCACAUUGGGAGACGAUUUGGAUUAUUUGGAUGGCAAAUACACGGUCUUUGGUGAAGUAGCCGAAGGAUAUGACGUAUUGGACAAGAUCAACGAAGCUUACUGCGACGAACAAGGACGACCUUUUCGUGACAUUCGUAUACGACACACCAUCAUUCUUGACGAUCCUUUCGAUGAUCCAGAUGGAUUACAAGUACCUGAUGAAUCGCCAUUACCCACCAAAGAGCAAUUGGAAUCGAUGCGUAUUGCUGAGGAUGAAGAGAUUGAGGAACAAGGCGACCCUGAAGAAAUCGAGAAACGACGUAAGGCGCGUGAAGCCAAGGCACAAGCAUUAACACUUGAGAUGGUGGGCGAUCUCCCUUUUGCGGAAGUUAAACCUCCAGAGAAUGUGCUCUUUGUAUGCAAACUCAAUCCAGUAACACGGGACGAGGAUCUUGAACUUAUCUUUUCUCGAUUUGGUCGUAUCAGCAGCUGUGAGAUUAUUCGAGACCGUCAAACGGGUGAUUCACUUUCAUACGCAUUUAUUGAAUACGAGAACAAAGAGGAUGCCGAAGAGGCUUAUUUCAAGAUGCAAUCUGUGCUCAUUGAUGAUCGUCGAAUUCACGUGGAUUUUUCACAAUCGGUUUCCAAACUUCAUCGUGAUUGGAUUUCAGGACGUAUGCGAGGAAAUGGUGAGGCUAUUGGUGGAUUCGACAAGCUUGAAAAGAGAACACGCUACCGUGAAGGAGACGCGAGACGCAGAGGAGAUGAUUAUGAUUUGGUCUUUGAACAUGAUCGCAACAAACGAAGAGAUGAUCAUCGUCGACGUGAUGACCGACAUCGUUCUGAUAGCCGACAUCGAUCUGAUGAGCGACAUCGAUCACAUGAUGACCGAAGGAGAAGGGAUGACAAAAGAGAUAGCAGUAGAAAUAGAUACCACCAUCGUCGACCCUCAUCAAGGUCUCGUUCCCCACCACCACGAAGACGAUAA